AUGAGAAGAGAUUCGACCUCCAGGUUAUUACCUGAUGAUGAAGCCAGCGAAACGUUACCGGCCAAUCAGACUAUGACUUCUUCGGUCAGCCGUAUCAAAGAUAAAUGUCCAUUUAUAAUAAUUAACCUCAUCGUUGUACUGUUGGGAGCCUCGGGUCGUUUCCACACUCCAGUAUUGGUUCAGUAUCUGUACCAAAGAUACGCUGAUGAAAUUUUUGGCAAUGCUAGUGUCAAAACAUCGAGCCACCCAUGUAUCAACGAAUCCUCAGCGUCUUCCAAAGAGGAAUCCAAACUGAAAGAAGUCCAAGAGAUGACGUCAGAUAUGUUAUUUUUCCUGAAUCUGACCAAUUACUGCCCAGGCAUUUUCACUUGCCUCAUCCUGGGAGCCUUUUCCAACAGAAUCAGUAGAAAGUUGCAGCUAGCGAUACCCAUGUGUGGCUACUUGACUAAAUGCGUAGUCAUUGCUGUUGUCGUUGGGUUUAAUCUGCACGUCAACUGGUUUUUCCUGGGUUUCGCAGUUCAGGGAGCACUGGGCGAUACUUGUGGAGUUUUUCUGGGUAUCUUCCUGUACACGACAGACAUUACGCCACGUGACAAGACUCGAACGCUGGCCAUGUCUAUAGUUGAAGGGUUCCGCGGCUUUGUUGCAGCAGGUCUUAACGUAGUCACAGGACAUCUGAUACAAAGACUAGGUUUCAACAUCCCAGCGCUGUUAUCAGUCGGUUUAGCACUAAUAAGUCUGGUCAUCACCUUCAUGUUACCAGCACGUGAGGCACAGCAUCAGUAUACUCUUGUAGAUGAUGAUUGCCAUCGUUGGAACAACUGGUGGAGACGACUGAUUUCACCGUUUACCCGGAUCAGAGAAGCUCGCGUCAGGAAACUGGUGCUCGUAGGAUUCAUUGCCUUUCUUUUCGCUAUGGCUGCCUCUGUUGGUAUAACUGUGAUUGAAUCGGUCUACCUAAUGAACAUUCCAUUUUGCUUUGAUGCUAUUACUUUAGGCUGGUAUAAGUUUGGUAGAGAGCUGGCGUUCAAUGGGUUCCUAGUAGUUGCCGUUCCUUUGUUCUACAACAGCUUACCUGGCAUGUGGUUGGCUAUUCUCGGCUCCUUGUCAGCCAUUUGCGGAAUGGUCAUGUACUCAACUGCAACCAAACCUGCGGAAGUGUACGCCAUUAUUGGUUUGAUGAUAGGAGAAGCCCUGCCUGUAAACAUUAUAAGGGGAGAAACUUCUAGACUGCUGGCUUCAGAAACACAAGGGCCACUGCUGGCGGUGUUUGCAAUGCUAGAAAACAUUGGAUACGUGAUGGGGAUUCCAGCCUUGCAUGUCUACAGAGCAACCCUCGGCUUCUUCAAACAGCUUGUCUGUGUUGUGUGUGCCAGUGUGACCGCUGUGAAUAUAGGUUUUCUUCUUUACUAUCAAGUUACAUGGAAGCGCCAUCUGCUGGAUGUUCAGUCAAACAAAAUACGACAGCGAUCUUAUGAUGCCAUUAAUUAA